CGGGCGGCGCGGGCUGUGUGUGUGCGCGCGCGCGCCAUGAAGGAGACGCGCGGUACUUCCAGGCAUCAGAACCAGCCUCAAGGGCACUAUGGACUUACCUCUCCAAUUAGCUUGGCUCCUCCUAGUGAUAUAGACCACACUCACACUCAGAAGCUGAUUGAAGCCAUGAAGCCAUUUGGGGUGUUUGAAGAUAAGGAAGAACUGUACCAGAGGACAACUGUCCUUGGUAAACUGAAUAACUUGGUCAGAGAAUGGAUUUCAGAACUUGCCGAGAGCAAGAAUCUUCCCCCUUCAAUAAUAGAACAUCUUGGUGGCAAGAUAUUUACAUUUGGUUCCUACAGGCUUGGAGUGCACACUAAAGGUUCUGACAUAGAUGCCCUUUGUGUUGCUCCCAGUCAUGUGGAAAGAUCGGAUUUUUUUCAGUCAUUCUUUGAAAAACUGAAAAAUCGAGAGGAAGUAAAAAACCUGAGAGCCAUUGAGGAUGCCUAUGUGCCAGUUAUCAAAUUUGAUUUUGAUGGCAUUGAGAUUGAUCUUGUGUUUGCAAAACUGUCCAUGCCAACUGUGUCUGAUGAUCUCGAUCUCAGAGACGACUCGUGCCUGAGGAGCCUGGAUAUAAGAUGCAUAAGGAGCUUAAAUGGCAGCAGGGUUACUGAUGAAAUACUACGUUUGGUGCCAAAUCUGGAGAACUUCCGCCUCACACUCCGGGCAAUUAAACUGUGGGCAAAACGACGUGGUGUUUACUCCAACAUGAUGGGGUUUCUUGGUGGAGUUUCCUGGGCGAUGCUGGUAGCGAGGAUAUGUCAGCUCUACCCGAAUGCUUUGGCCUCUACUCUCGUCAACAAGUUCUUCUUGAUUUUUUCAAAGUGGGAUUGGCCAAAGCCGGUAUUGCUGAAACGACUUGAAGAGAGCUUUCUUAAUUUACCAGUAUGGGACCCUAGGGUGAACCCAUCGGACCGGUACCAUGUGAUGCCCAUCAUCACACCAGCCUAUCCACAGCAGAACUCUACGUACAAUGUGUCUACCUCAACACGAGCAGUGAUGGUAGAGGAGUUCCAACGUGGUCUUGAAGUUACAGAUGAGAUUCUCAAAGGAAAAUCGGACUGGUCAAAGCUCUUUGAACCACUGAACUUCUUUCAGAAGUACAAACAUUAUAUUGUGCUCACUGCCAGUGCCUUUACAGAGGAGCAUCACUUAAACUGGAUCGGCCUUGUUGAGUCUAAAAUUCGUGUGCUGGUUGGAAACUUGGAAAGGAAUGAAUUUAUAACUAUUGCACAUGUACAACCACAGUCUUUCCCUGGCAAUGAAAAUCUCUAUAAACAGAAUGGGUAUGUGUCAAUGUGGUUUCUUGGACUUGUAUUUAAGAAAGUGGAAAGUGCAGAAAAGACUAAUGUUGAUUUAACCCAUGGGAUACAGUCGUUCACAGACACAGUUUACAGGCAGGCCAGUGCCCUCAACAUCCUAAAGGAAGGUAUGAAGAUUGAGGCAACUUAUGUGAAGAGAAAGCAACUGCAUUAUUUUUUGCCAGCAGAAACCUUACAGAAAAGAAAGAAGCAAAGAGUUUCAGAUAUUAGUCAAGGCAAUAGUGGACUUCAGUGCAAAAGGUCGUCUUUAGGGGAAAGCUGUUCGGACAGUUCCAAAGACAGAGACUCCAGAGCACCAUCUAAUUCCUCUUUGUUAAAUAAGAUAUCCAAAUUGGACCCCUCUACAGCAGAGACAGAAAGAAAUGUUGCAUGUCAGAGUUGUAGUGGUGCCAACAGUGUAGCUGAGCCAUCAACGUCUAAGGGACUCUGCAUUCCCGUGACUGACCCAAAAAUGGAGGCUUCAGUUGCACUAAGAACAUCGGGACCUCCAAUGGGUUGCACCAUUCCAGGAUAUAACACAGUUUCUCAGCUCAGAACGUGUUUUGUCCAAGGACACCAUAAAUUAAGUGGGACUCUAAUCACGGAUCCUAAGAGUGCUUCACCCAAACAACAUUAUUCACCAACCUCUAAAGUAUCUCGUCUACCUACACCGGGAGAAUGCCCCCAAAAAGCCAUAGAUGGAGAAAAGCUAAACGUCUGGGAUUCAGAUUUCACAGAAAGAGGAUGUCCUCAAGAUGGGAGGAGGAGAGCUGCAAAAAAUGGUGUCCUUGAUGGAAAAUCCAUGCAGAUUCCAGUGAUCACAUCGAGAUCACAGAGGCUUUCCAGUAAAGAACUACCAGAUUCUUCAUCUCCUGUUCCAACAAAUAGCAUUCGUAUUGUUAAAAGAUCCAUCAAACUUACCCUUAAUGGGUAACUGGUGUAUCUCCAGGUGAAGAGGAAUAAUUCCUUCUUGAUGGUCCAUGUUCUGAAUGUGUGUUGUAGUUACUAACAAAGCGUGAAAAGUUACUGUAACCAGUUCAAGUCAUGGUUUUAUACUGGGGUUAGAUGCUUGUCUCCUUUUGAACUGCUCUUUGCAUAUGCUUGUAACAUUAUUGGCUUUUAAAAAGUCUUAACUGCUGCCACCAGCUUUUGAAACAGCCACGAAAACCCAACCUGUCCUGUGACUUGGAUUCAGAAUGUCAGCAGGGUCAACUGGUUGCUGCACCCACGUUCUGUUUUCGAGUGUGUUUGAACGUGCCCGUGUUCCCCUGCGCUUUCCUAAUUCGUGUGCGCGUGUCAUUCUUACCUUAAAUUAUUUUCCCAUUUGGCACCUGCCCUCCUGUGCCUCUGCCACGAUGGUGCUCAGCUCUCUGGGCUCGCAGCCUUCCUCUGUCUAGCACAGCCAUGCCCUGCAAGGGUAUUGCCUCCCAUGGAGGCCCACAAAUGAUUGAAGUGUUGAAGGAAAUGCAGCAGAGGAUUCUAACCGAGGUGUGGGGAUGAUAGGCAUGUCUUGUGCUGUGUUAUCUGAGUAAUUUUUUUUUUUUAUCUUAAGACUGCUCCAAGAUGAGACUUUGAGAGGCUUUUUCUUGUCACUGGGUAGUAAAGCCAAACCCUGAACACAGAGCUGAAGAUGCACCGAGACAUUGCAGCAGCUGAAGGCUGCUGUGACACUCGUGCCCACCUGCAGGGUGGAAAGCCAGUGGCAAUGCAGAAAGUGGUUUCAGAUAAACCCUGGAAGCUGCUCUAAAUGCUUACAUAAAAACCUCUAGUAGCCUUAAGUCUGGUUCUGUAAGCUGAUAACACUGCUUACCCAGUU